AUGGCGGCGAGCGACUCUGUUUUAGCGGGACAAGAAGAAGAAUUACACGCUGAAAGUCAUGAUAAUAAUAGUAGUGGUAGUAGUAAUUCGGAUCUGAUCAGUGCGCUGCCUGACGACAUCCUAACUCCCAUUCUGUCCCUCUUGAGCCUCAAGGAGGCAGCUAGCACGUCCACCCUGUCAAACCGGUGGAAAACUGUGUGGAAAUCGGCCGCAACAGUUUUGGGCUUCGAGGGCGUGGACGAAACUCUGAAGAAUGCUCCGCCUGAAAGGAGGUGGGAGAAGGGGAGGAGGCAAAGUUACGUCAACUGGGUGAGUGGGGUUGUGAGGCAGCUGCAGCAGCACAAUGAUAAUGGCGCCUCCUCGAAAGUGAGCACGUUUCGGGUUUCUUUCGGGCUGGACAGCGAAUGCAACUCCGACGGAGAUAUCGAUCGGUGGCUGGAAUUCGCAAUUUCAAAGAGAGUCGAGUCACUGGAGCUGUGUCUGGGCCGGAAUUGUACCACGAUCGAGAAGUGUUACCCUUUCCCACAGCGUUGA